AUGGCGGGAUUACCUUCAACAGACUCCUCUUCAACUCUAGAGGGAGCAGCUACAGAUGUGGAUAAAGAGCUACAUUUUCAACCCAUCCGCCGACCUUCCAACGCUGCGAGACGCGGUUCAACUGCUUCAAGAGCUUCAAGACGCGGUUCAAUUUCUGCAAGGUCCCAAAAGGAGACCUACGACCCCAACCUCGAUGUCAACUUGCCCUAUCGCACCCUUAGCCGCGAUGCCAACUUCGAUGAGUACCGCGUCACAUCUCACACGGGCACUAUCCCGGGCCCAAUCGAGCCUCCGUCCGUCGCUGGUCCAGGAAAUGAAAAGCGUUACCAGCUGGUAACUUUUACCCCUGACGACCCUGAGAACCCUAAGAAUUGGUCCAAGGCAUACAAAUGGUACUGCACCAUGGUUGUUGCUCUUACUUGCUUUGUUGUGGCAUUUUGUUCGGCUGUCAUCACUGCGGAUCUGGUUGGCCCGGCUGAGGAAUUUCACGUCAGCCUGGAGGUUGCAUUUCUCACGAUUUCGGUCUUUGUCAUUGGCUUUGGUGUUGGACCUAUGGCUUUUGCGCCCCUGUCUGAGGUAUUUGGACGACGAGUCAUUUACGGAUCGACACUUUUCCUUGCCGUCAUCUUCAUCAUCCCCUGCGCCGUCUCAAAGAAUAUCGGAACCCUGAUCGUCUGCCGUGCCAUCGAUGGCAUCGCCUUUUCGGCCCCCAUGACCCUGGUCGGCGGUACGCUUGCGGAUCUGUGGAGGAACGAGGAGCGUGGUGUUCCCAUGGCCGCCUUUUCUGCCGCUCCCUUUAUUGGACCUGCUAUUGGCCCUCUUGUUGGUGGCUUCCUUGCUGAUGGCGCUGGCUGGCGCUGGCUGUACUAUAUCCAGAUUAUCCUGGCCGGUGUCGUCUGGAUUCUCAUCACAUUCACCGUCCCCGAAACUUACGCGCCUACAAUCCUUGCUCGCCGCGCCAAGAAGCUGCGUGAGACCACUGGUGAUGAGAGCUACGUUACCGAACAAGACAUUGAUGAGCGGUCCAUGGGCGAACGACUCACCGUUUUCAUGGUCCGACCCUUCCAGCUGCUCUUCCAGGAGCUCAUCGUCCUCCUCAUUUCGCUGUACAUGAGCGUUCUCUACGGCUUGCUUUACAUGUUCUUCGUUGCUUUCCCCAUUGUCUUCCAGGAGGGCAAGGGAUGGAAUGCCGGCAACACUGGUUUGAUGUUCAUCCCCUUGGCCGUCGGUGUCCUUCUCUCUGCGGUCCUCUCUCCACUUGUCAACAAGCACUACAUCAAGAUGGUUCACAAAUACAACGGAAAGCCGCCUGCGGAGGUUCGCUUGAUUCCCAUGAUGAUCUCUUGCUGGUGCAUCCCUAUUGGCUUGUUCAUCUUCGCAUGGACCUCGUACACAGAUCUCAUCUGGGUCGGCCCCGCUCUGGGUGGCUUCCCCGUUGGCUUCGGCUUCAUCUUCCUUUACAACUCUGCAAACAACUACCUGGUCGACUCCUACCAGCACCAAGCCGCUUCUGCCCUCGCCGCCAAGACAUGUAUCCGAAGUUUCUGGGGUGCUGGCGUGGUUUUGUUCACUGAGCAGAUGUACCACCGACUUGGUGACCAGUGGGCCUCUUCGCUGUUGGCAUUCAUUAGCUUGGCUUGCUGCGCUAUUCCCUACUGCUUCUGGAUCUGGGGCGCUAAGAUCCGUGCUCGCAGCAAGUAUGCCUAUGGCGGUGAUGAUGAGGUCCCAACCACCACGGGCCCCAAUGAUCUCGAAAAGGCUCAGAGGGUUCCCACCAACGGCAGCGCUGUUCGAGACAAUGCUGACACUGAUCUUGACCUGAGGAGGGCGAGGAGCUACGUCAGCAACCCAUAA